AUGGGAGCGUCGCAGAACAAGGUUCGAGAUGGACUGGGCCCACUGCACGGGCUGCAACACCACAGCGUAUUAUCGGAACUGGAGGACAUCCCAAGAGUCUACGAAACACAGAGGGCAGUUGCUCAACUACGGAGUAGGAAAUACGAUGGUGUUGACGGCAUAUCUCCGGAAAUACUGAAGAACGCAGGAACUGUUAUGAUGCGCGCCCUCCAUCGUUUGGUGAAAGCCGUCUGGAUGGAAGAGCAAGCGCCUGCAGAGUCAAAUGAUGCUCUUGUGACUCCACUGUACAAGGGAAAGGGUAGUAAGCACUACACCGACAAUUAUCGUGGCGUAAACUUACGUAGCUGCUUUGGCAAGAUUUUUGUCCUCAUCCUACUCGAGCGCCUUGUCACACAUGUACUGGAACCGAAUAUACCUGGGGAGCGAUGGGGAUUCCGAUCGGGAGAAAGCACCAUCGACAUGGUUUGCGCGGCACGUCAACUACAGGAAAACUGUCGUGAACGCAAUCAACCGUUGUAUUCACUGUUCGUCGACUUCAUCAAAGCUUUCGAUACCGUGAACUAUGAGGACUUGUGGCUGAUUUUCUCAAAGUUUGGAUGCCCUGCAAUGUUUAUUCGUCUGAUAGAAUGCCUGCAACUGGCAUGCGAGCAAGGGUGCAGCUGA